UUGAAAAUUUACAUCGAGUUUCACGCGGAUGAUGUUGCAGGCGUCCGCUAGUUUAUAUAUAUAUACAAGUAUAAAUACUGGCCCAGACUGCGUCUGAACGUCUGUCUGAGUCAUCACCGCAAAGACUUUUACUAGGUAGUAGUAAUUCUAAUUAGCUGACAGUAGGUAAAUACGUUGAUAAUAAUUAAGUGUAAUUUAACUUUGUAUAACAGUCUCAUAUUUUAAGUCAGGCACAUGACAGCUUAAAGUUUGAAGAAGUAAAAGUCAGGGUUAUCCGGACGAAGUCGCGGGUGUCUCCUAAACGGUUCAGCAGUUGAUGACGUCAGGAUAUAGGUCUCGACCCAUAUAAGCGAGCGAGCGUUUCCCCGCCCGACAGAGAAACGUCGCACGGCAUCCUUGCGGCAUCCUACAUAACUGUAGUUUACUACAAUUAUACUAGUAUAUUAAUUUUAAACCAGUCACAAUGUUGAGGAUAUUAACUCUAUGUUGCUUAGUGAUAGGUAGUUACUCGUACUCUGCUUCUGCCCCUCUCAUACCACCAUGCAAACCCGGCGACUCUACCUGCCUGACCUCGUCCACCAAAGCCGCGAUAGCCAUGUUCGCAAGAGGCGUGCCCGAGCUAGGCAUCGAACCUGUGGACCCGAUGAAGGUGCCCCUCGUAGAGAGCGACCACGCGGGUCUCAAGCUGACCUUCAAAGACUCGGUUCUCACCGGCAUCAAGGACUGUGAAUUACAAAGUGUCAAACAUGACCCGAUCAAGAUGAAACAGUCAGCAACGCUGAAGUGCAGCGUGGUGCUGAAAGGCCAAUACAAGCUGGACGGACGGCUGAUCAUCAUGCCAGUGAGAGGACAAGGACCUUUCUCGAUCACUGUUGAUGACUUAGUGAUCAAAGUGUCGUUUGACCUGGCAACGGUGACUGGCAGCGACGGCCAGCCGCACUGGCACAUUGUCAAGAGGCGACACUCCUUCAAGGUGCUCACCCGCGCCGUGUUUGACUUCGAGAAUCUUUUCGAUGGAAACAAGGCAUUGGGUCAACCAGUCCUAGAUUUUGCAAACUCUCAAUGGAAGGAGGUGAUGGCUGAAGUGGCGCCGCCCGUGGUCGACACUAUGGUGGAUCAAAUGAUAAACCGAGUUGGAAAGCUUUACAAGGAAGUGCCAGCUUCUGCUCUCACUCAAUAAACUGUUACUCUCAAUUCAUUUGAUACUGAAUUCAAUAUUUUCCUAAUAUUGUGAUAAAGUUAUUCAAAUCAAAUCAAAAUUCAUUUAUUUCAAAUAGGCUUAGUUCACAAGCUCUUUCGAAACGUCAGGUAAUACCUAGUAGUAUACUUAUGAUAAUGGUGAUAAUAAUUAUUCGAAAACUUAAAAUUAAAGUUACGAGGGUUCCAAGCCCGCCUCGCCGCCCGAGAAGAGCCCACAAUAAACACAGCCAGGUUUAUCCUUUUUUAGUUUAUCACCAUUUAACAAUAGGUAUAUAAGUAGCCUGUCAUGUAAUACAUUUCAUUUCCAAGCAAUUUUGUCGUUUACGUAAUCAUUAACACUAUAAUACGACUUUUCAAUAAGCUUACGUUUAAUAAAAACUUUGAAUUUCUUUAGAGACAGUGGUUUCAUGUGGCAGAAUAUUAUAAACACGUAUGCAAUUGCCCUUGUAAGAAUUACUAUUUUUAACCGACUUCAAAAUAAGGAGGAGGUUUCUCAAUUCGACCGUAUAGGUACCUAUUUUUUUUUGUAACCUAGUGUGGUGUGCAACAAUUUUAUUUUUAUUUCUGACAUUAGGUAAUAUUAAUGCAAUCACACCUUCUUUUAAAAUUGCCUACGUUUUUAUGUUCAUAUACUAAAUUCUCAAAUAUAUACUGACUAUAUUUUUAUUUCUUAAAUUUUUUCCCUUAACGACUCUCUAGGCCUCAUUUUAUAUAAUGCACGAACAGCUCUCUUCUGCAGAACAAACACACUAUCAAUAUCAGCAGCAUUACCACAUUGUAAAACACCAUAGGACAUAAUGCUGUGAAAGUAGCUAAAAUAAACUAUAGUCUAUAGUAAAAUCAUUAAUCCUGCGAAUUUUCUGACAGAUGCUAAUGUCACUUUGUAAAAUAAUGAUACCAUAUUUAUUGUCAUAGUGAUGUCCUUUUCUGUAUAGGUAAAUAAUAAUACCUCAGUUCAUUCACCCUCAAAGAGGAAUUUUGAACAAAAAUUUCUAUCAUAACGCUUGGUGACAGACGGUUGAAAGAAAAAUUGUGUAAAUUAUGUAAUUGACCAAUUCUUACCUAUUUGCCUUAGUCUCUGAGAAUACCACGACUUCCGAUUUCAAAAUUUAGAUUAAUGAAAUUUGUAAUAAAAUUCUAAGAAUAAAAUAUUGUACAAAAAA